UAUAUUAUUAUGAUAAAUUACAUAAUCUUAUGAAAUGCAGCACGCUCGGCUAAACCUCCCUAUCCCCGGUGCCAACUUGAAUUCAGCAAGAAAAUUUUCCGGUGGCCGCGGUGGAGUGAAUUUUGCAGUUGCUGGUUCAACUGCCUUGCCUGCAGAAGUUUUAUCGUCAAAGAAUAUAAUGAACAUUGUGACAAAUGAAUCUCUUAGCACACAACUUGAGUGGAUGUUCUCCUAUUUUAACACAACAUGUUCUAAAGAUUGUGCUAAAGAAAUUAAUUCAUCUCUCUUCAUGGUUGGGGAGAUUGGAGGCAAUGACUAUAACUAUGCUUUCAUGUUUAGCAAAACCACUGAAGAAACGAAAGCGUUGGUUCCUGGAGUUGUCAAAGCUAUAAAGGAUGCUGUUGAGAAAGUCAUUGGUUACGGUGCUAGACGAGUGGUUGUCCCCGGAAACUUCCCGAUAGGUUGCUUCCCGGUUUAUCUUAGCCAAUUCGAGCCCAAUGAUGCUGAUGCUUAUGAUGAGUUCCACUGCCUCAAGGAGUUAAACUCUUUUGCAAGUUAUCACAAUGAGCUUCUCAAGCAAACCGUUGACGAAUUGAAAAAAAAUUACCCUGAUGUGAUCAUAGUUUACGGUGACUAUUACAAAGCAUUCAUGUCGAUCUAUCAGAAUGCUCAGUCUCUUGGUUUUGACACGAAGACGAUACAAAAAGCUUGCUGUGGGACCGGUGGUGAUCAUAAUUUUAGCCUGUGGAGAAUGUGUGGAGCUCUUGGCGUUCCAGUUUGUCCAAACCCUGAUCAGCACAUCAGCUGGGAUGGAAUUCAUUUGACACAAAAGGCUUACCAACAUAUGGCGGAAUGGCUUAUCAACGAUAUCUUUCCAAAGCUUCAAUGCAGUGCUUGAUUAAGUUCUGUUCACCAGGACAUGGUCUUGAUAACAUGAAGCUCAUAGUAUUGUCUACUAAUAAGCUUGUAAAAAAAUUGUCGUUGAGUGAAAAGGGGACCUCACAAGGUUGUUUCUAACUUUAAUUAUUCAUUUUUCAAAUGCCAAAUUUAUUUCACUAGCUCUUAACGCUUGUACUCAAACCCACCACAGAGAAAGAUUAUGAAGAAAAAAACACAUCCAGACCACAUCAUAUGAUAUAUUAAGCAUUUUCACACGGUAAAUCUUUCUGGAUUGAUGAUUAUGACAAAGCAAGCAUACAAGUAAUUGCAUCUUAUUCCUCCAUUAAGUAUAUAAUAAAACCUUGUCCCAUGAAAACAUCUAAGAAGAACGAAUUUAACAUGCCACUCCAAAACUGUCAUCAAAGUCCCAACAGCAUAUUUCUAUCUUAUAUAAAUUUUGAAAAGCUUAUACUAAAA